AUGUUAAAAUUGAUCGCCUUCUUCGCAAUUCUUGCUGCAGCUUUUGCCGCACCAAAACCGGAUCCCCUCACCCUUACGUACAGCGCUGGUAUUCCAUUGGCGUACAGUGGCAUCGGGUCACCCAUCUCCUACUCGAAUCUUGGAUACCAAUACGGCGGAUACACUCCGUAUGCAUCGGGAUACUACAACUACUACAACGGAUUGGCAUACAGAGACCUGUACUUGUAG